AUGUCACUCAAUGCCGGUAUUCUCGCCAACACGGGCUUCGUCCAGCAAUUUGGCACCGCCAACAAUGCCAAAGGCAAGAAAGUCCUCGCAUCCAACGUGAUAGCCGCCUGGGGGAGCAUCCUACUCGUCGGUCAAGUCGUCGCCAACGUCGCGGUUCCUUUCCUAUCAGCUCAGUUCGGCCGCAAGGCAGCAAUGUUCACAUGCUGGCUCAUUCUAACAGCCAGUGUUAUCUGUGAAAGCUUCUCUCAAGCAUGGCCCCACUGGCUCGCUGGCAUGGGCCUGGGCUGCAUACAAGUCACCCUCCCCGCAUACAUCACCGAAACCGCCCCCACCGGCGUCCGUGGCAUGGUAUUGAUGACUUAUAACCUCUGGUGGACUGUAGGCACAUUCUUCGCAGGCGUCGACGACUUCAACCUUGACCAACAAGUACAAGUCCUGGUGCUCCUAGCCGAGCACGAAGCCAAAGUCGCCGCACUACAGAAACACGAAAAGUGGUAUGCAAUUUUCCGCGGCACCGAUGGCUUCCGUACUCUCCUCGCUCUUUGGAAACUCCUCUCGCAACAGUUUACCGGUCUUGUUCUCUUCUCGACCUUCGGAGCGUACUUCUUUCAACAAGCUGGCGUUGGAGACCCUUUCCAGAUCAAAUACAUCACCCUAUCCGUGAAGAUAGUGGCAGCCGUCGUUGUUGUUUUCCUUGCUGAUAUCCUGGGGAACAGAAUGAUCAGUUGCUCUGGCACAACUACCAUGUGGGCAACCAGUCUGAUCGUUGGAAUCCUCGGCCUCGUACCGAGAGUUCCGGCUGUGAAUUACAUCUUUGUUCUGGUGGCCGUCAUAUGGAACAUUGGCCUCACCAUGAAUGGCGCCACAGGCUGGGGUUUCAUCGGCGAGAUCUCCUCUCAACGCCUCCGACACUACACGUCGGGUGCAGCCGCCACCGCCAUCUCAAUCACCAACAUCGGAAUGAACCAGCUAGUGCCUCACAUGGUCAAUGCGAGCGAUUGGAACUGGGGCCUCAAAUCGGGCUUCUUCUAUGCUGGUGUGGGAUUGCCGUUUAUUGUGGGAAUGUGGUUGCUAAUUCCGGAGACUUCUGGGCAAGAUACUUCGCUUAAGCGUUCCGCAGCUGAACUCGACGAGCUUUUCGAGCGUAAAAUUCGGCCGUGGCGAUUCAAGAAGACCGAGACUGCUACGUAG